UAUAUAUGAAUAAAGACAUUUGUGACUUUGGGUUGCCGCACUAUAUUACAAAGUUUACAUUAUUAGCUAGCAGGCUUAUUCUUCGUUUUCGUUACUGGUGAUGAGCUGAUUCCUGACCAUUGAGCCUUCCUAGCUAGCUAAUAUGAAUUCCUUUGUGCUACUUCAGUCCUCUUUGAUUCCUUUGCUUUUGAUCACUUCCUUUCUGUCGAUCAAUUUUCAAUUGAGUGUGUGCGCCGAUGAUACAGUGGAAUAUGCCAACUGCAGCCAACUUAUUACCUGCGGGAGCGUCAAAAGCAACAUCUCUUACCCCUUUUGGGGAGCGAACCGACCCGAAUACUGUGGCAAAUCUGGGUUUGAGGUCACAUGCGAAGCCAACGUCCCAGUGAUCACCAUGAGGAAUAUCAAGUUCAGAAUUCUUGACAUGAGCAAUAGUAGUACUACUACAACAACUCCUACCGUAAAAGUUGCUAGGCAGGAUUACUGGGAAGAUAUCUGUCCCUCGACAUAUGUUUCCACAACCCUCGACUUCUCUCUCUUCGCUUACUCUUCUGGGCUUCUGAACGUGUCUAUUUGGUACGGAUGCAAUGCAACCGUAACAGUCACAGGUAAUUCGUAUCCCUGCAACAGUAGCAUCGCUGCUUCCUAUCUCACACAGACGAGAGCUAUUAAUGUCCCAAUUGAUCCAGUUACUACGGGAGCCUGUCAAUAUAAGGUUUUAGUUCCGGUAUUUGAAUCCGCUUCUGAGGCUCUGGACAACAAUGCUACAGAUAUUGAGACUGCCAUAGAUGGUGGUUUUGAAUUGGAUGUGCUAGAUGCUGAUAAUGGCCUUUGCACCGGUUGCUUGUCAUCAGGGGGAGUUUGUGGGCAAGACACUACUGUUACCAACGAAUUCAAGUGCUUUUGCCAGACUACUUCAUCUUCGACAACCACAUGUAUUGAAAGCUCUUCACCAUCUCCAACUUCAGCUCCAUCAGGAAAGAAUAAUCAAAUACCAAUAGGUCUUGCUGUUGGAGGUGCAAUCCUUUUUGGCAUUUUCGUGGGAUUCUACGCAUAUUUUGUCAUCCAGCGAAAGAAGAAGAAACGUGCAGCAGAAGCUCAGAGCAAAGAGAUUCCCACCCCACUUACAAGCAAAAGCACUGUUACUCCCUCGACUAAUCUUUCUCAAUCUCAAAGCAUCCCUUCGUAUCCUUCCUUUAACUCAAAAUCAAGGUCUGACCUUGGAAAAGCCAGCACUUACUUUGGAGUUCAGGUCUUCAGCUAUGCUGAAUUAGAGGAAGCCACUGAAAAUUUCAACCCUGCUAAAGAACUUGGAGAUGGAGGCUUUGGCACCGUUUACUAUGGUAAGCUACAUGAUGGCCGUGUAGUUGCAGUGAAGCGCCUUUAUGAAAACAAUUUCAAACGGGUGGAGCAGUUUAUGAAUGAGGUUGAAAUCUUAACACGUCUGGAACACCAGAAUCUUGUGAAACUCUAUGGAUGCACCUCAAGACGUAGCCGAGAACUCCUCCUUGUCUAUGAAUAUAUUUCUAAUGGAACAGUGGCUGACCAUCUCCAUGGAAAACGAAUGGAGUCUGGCUUUCUCAGUUGGCCUGUUAGACUGAGCAUCGCCAUAGAGACAGCUGAUGCACUGGCUUUCCUUCAUCGCAAUGAUGUGAUACACCGUGAUGUCAAAACCAACAAUAUACUUCUGGAUGAUGACUUUUGUGUGAAAGUUGCUGAUUUUGGUCUGUCACGGUUGUUCCCCAAUGAUCAGACCCAUGUGUCAACUGCUCCACAAGGGACGCCGGGCUAUGUUGAUCCCGAGUAUUACCAGUGCUAUCAACUCACUGACAAAAGUGAUGUUUAUAGCUUUGGGGUCGUCUUGAUCGAGCUUAUAUCAUCCUUACAAGCUGUUGACACCAACAGGCACCGGCAUGAUAUAAAUUUGGCCAACAUGGCUAUCAACAAAAUUCAAAAUCAUUUGGUGAAUGAGUUGGUUGAUCCACUUCUUGGGUAUGACAAGGACUAUUCUGUGAGGAUAAUGGCAACAGCUGUUGCAGAAUUGGCCUUCCGGUGUUUGCAGCAGGAGAAAGAUAUGAGACCAACCAUGGAAGAAGUACUGGAGGGUUUAAAAGCAAUCCAAAAUGAAGACCUUGGUGCACAAGAAAAUGGGGAGGCAGAGGCAGUGGUCCUGGAUAUAGGGGCUGAUGAAGUUGGGCUUUUGAGGAAUUUGCCUCCCCCACUCUCACCAGACUCGGUUGUCACUGAUAAAUUGAUUUUAAAAAGGUGGGACAGAACUAUGUAAUCCAAAGCAUUGAAGCUGGGGAGAGCAAUCACGCACGGAGCCACGGAGGUAGCUGGCGUUGGCUAAAUGAUAUACUGAACCUUAAAUGAGAUAUAUGGUUCAACAAAAUCGGUUUUGUUCUAGCCUCAAGGACAGCAUUUGACAUACCUUGAUUUCUUAAGAACUCGACACUUGCUUAAGUGCCUAGUUCAUUCAGAACUAUUUCGGGCCUUUUACUUAAUAGUGAAUACAUGUAACUAUGUCUGUACAGGAAGACAUUUUUGUAAAAGCGGAAUUCAUUCCCUUCCUACAUUUGUAACUUUUACCAAAUGCUUCGUAUGGUUUGGGGUCGUAGAUCUUGUUUUUCCUAUGGUCUAAAAAUUAA